GCCUGGGUACAGCCACUCCCUGUCCCACUCCCUGUCCCACUCCCUGUCCCACUCCUCACACUGCCUCUUUGACCACUACACUGCCCAGCUCCAGGAUAUCUACCAGCCUUACUGAGAGCGCUCUUCUCGGACCCCUCUACUCAGCCUCGUACCUCUCUGCCUCGUACCUCUCUGCCUCGUACCUCUCUGCCUCGUACCUCUCUGCCCCGUACCUCUCUGCCUCGUACCUCUCUGCCUUGUACCUCUCUGCCCCGUACCUCUCUGCCUCGUACCUCUCUGCCCCUCUCCUUUGAUUAGCAUAUGACUGCAACCAUGGCUGACAUCAACAAUGGUUAUGAACAAAGGUUUCAGGCAAACGGACAUCAUAAAGAGAUUGACCUGAUCAACAGAGACCCCAAGCAAGUCAACGAGGAUGUAGUGAAGGUGGACUUUGAGGAUGUGAUCGCUGAGCCUGAUGGGACUCACAGUCUGGAUGGGGUGUGGAAAGCCAGUUACACCACCUUCACUGUGUCCAAAUACUGGUGCUACCGCAUCCUAUCAGCCAUUUUGGGGAUCCCAGUGGCUCUGCUGUGGGGCUUCCUAUUCGCUUGCCUCUCCUUCUGCCACAUCUGGGCCGUUGUGCCAUGCAUUAAAAGCUGUCUGAUCGAGUCCCAGUGUCUGAGCCGCAUCUACUCCCUGGCCAUCCACACCUUCUGUGACCCCCUGUUCGAAGCCCUGGCAAAAAUAUUCUCAAGUGUUCGGGUGGUGCUACGGAAGGAGGUGUAGGGUUCAGAAGCAUGGGAAUGGGACAGGGAGAAAGUGGUUAGGCUGCUCUCCACCCAUUUUUUAGCAGAUGCUUUCAGCUACAUUAACUUACAGUUAGUAAAUUCAUCUUAAGAUAGCUAGCUGAGACAACCACAUAUCACAGUUGUAGUACAUUUUUCCUCAAUAAAUAAGUUAUCAGCAAAUACAGUGCUAGUAGGAAAAGACAACUGUAUGUUUUAUUUAAUAUGGUCUUUGUAGAGGAAGGGUUUCAGACACCGGGGACACACCGGGGGGAAGCUGGUUCCACCAUUGGGGUGCCAGGACAGAGAAGACUUUGACUGGGCUGAGCGGGAGCGGACCUCCUGUAGGGGUGAGACGAACAGGAGGCCAGAGGUGCCAGAAUGGAGUGCUCUGCAGUAUGCCACGUAGGCUACCUCCCUGGCCUCCUGUAGGGGUGAGACGAACAGGAGGCCAGAGGUGCCAGAAUGGAGUGCUCUGCUGUAUGCCACGUAGGCUACCUCCCUGGCCUCCUGUAGGGGUGAGAUGAACAGGAGGCCAGAGGUGCCAGAAUGGAGUGCUCUGCUGUAUGCCACGUAGGCUACCUCCCUGGCCUCCUGUAGGGGUGAGAUGAACAGGAGGCCAGAGGUGCCAGAAUGGAGUGCUCUGCAGUAUGCCACGUAGGCUACCUCCCUGGCCUCCUGUAGGGGUGAGACGAACAGGAGGCCAGAGGUGCCAGAAUGGAGUGCUCUGCUGUAUGCCACGUAGGCUACCUCCCUGGCCUCCUGUAGGGGUGAGAUGAACAGGAGGCCAGAGGUGCCAGAAUGGAGUGCUCUGCUGUAUGCCACGUAGGCUACCUCCCUGGCCUCCUGUAGGGGUGAGAUGAACAGGAGGCCAGAGGUGCCAGAAUGGAGUGCUCUGCAGUAUGCCACGUAGGCUACUUCCCUGGCCUCCUGUAGGGGUGAGAUGAACAGGAGGCCAGAGGUGCCAGAAUGGAGUGCUCUGCUGUAUGCCACGUAGGCUACCUCCCUGGCCUCCUGUCUGACUGCUGAUGCUGGGUCUGGGUCUGACCCUUCUUUCAAACAGAGUUUGUGAUAGAUAGAGAUUAUUGUGUUCAAUCAGAAGACACGAAGAAGAGUGCCCGCAUCUGGGUGCCAUAGAUGGGGGUAAUCCAUGGUCUAUACAACAUGGUACACUACGAACAACACUCAUCCAUGCUUGAUUGAUUUGAUACUUAAGUAUAUUCCAUGCUCUAUUCCAUGGUCAUUUUUCACAUGUUGAUGCUACAAUAAAUUACUUGUUUAAUGUU